AUGGCGGAGCUUGAGGAUCGAAGUCGGCGAAAUAACCUCAGAAUAAAUGGUAUCGAUGAAAGCGUAAAUGAAACUUGGGAACAAAGUGAAAAAAAAGUUCAGGAGUUGUUGAAAUCUAAACUUGGUUUUGAAAUUAACUUUAGCUUUGAGAGAGCACAUAGAGUUGGAAUGAAUCGAUCUGAUGAAAAAGGAAUUGGCAACCUAUCACUUACUGACGUAAAACCACUUCUUGGUCUAAGUUCCAGCAAAUCUCUUGAUAUACUAAACAUUAACGAUGUUGAAAUUGAUAAAGCUAACAUUUUAAAACACUAUGGUGACGUUUUUUUCGGCCUUUGUUUAGUUAAAGGAAACUAUCAUAACGCACUUGCUAAAAAUACAAUCCCAGUCAUUCAUACACCAAGGAAAGUACUAAUGUUUGUCCUAUCUAAACUUAAAAGCACACUUCACCGUCUUGUAAAAGCCACAGUUAUAUCGAAAAUUUCUAAACCAUCAACUUGGGCACACUCAAUGGUCAUUAUAGAGAAAAAAGAUGGAUCCUUAAGAUUAUGCAUUGAAUUGAAAGAACUAAACAAUUCUGUUUUAAGACAAUACAAAACCACUCCAUCUACAGAAGAAAUCUCUAGCAAACUUUACGGCAAUAAAGUUUUCACUGUCAUAGAUAUGGCUAAUUGCUAUUGGCAUAUAAAACUAGAUGAAUCUUUCUCAGAGCUACGCACAUUUAUCACUCCUUAUGGCUGA